GAGAGAGAAGGCUGCCAACAGUUUAAUCAAACUCUGUAUCUUGGCUCGAUAAAUCAAUCUUGCUUGGGCUAGGAGGGAAUAAUUAACAGCCCCCCUACACCAUUUUUUAGGACCACCCCAAUGAGUUCUCCUCUUGUUUAUCCUUCAGCUGUUGAUUCAAACGAUUUAUCAAGAUUUUUAUGUAUAUCUGAUAGCCAAGUUAACAAACAUCAUUUUGAUGCUGUCCUAUAGUUUAGCUGUUUUAAGUGCAUUGAAACAAAUGUAAAACAAAUUAUCUUAAUGGGCUCAGGUAGUGUGUCUUUGCACAUUGUACAUUAUUGAAGAGAUAGUAUCACUUUGAAAAGUCUGAUAUGGCUGUUACAUUGUGUGUAAGAAUGUAUUAACCUUAAAAAGUGACUGCAACCCUUUUGUUUGAGUAUUUUGUUUCUAUUAGCAUUAAUACAUGAACACUUUUUAAAUGACACUAGCCAUGCCAAGCCCAUGCUUAGCCCUGUCUUUUCAGCUAAGCCUCAACGUCCCAGCUGAAAGAGCUGACUGCUGGCUUCAACUCCAUUUGGACUCAUUAGACAAUGCAAACCUUUGAACUAGUAACCCAGUUCCCUGGAUAGGAAGGAAGGUGUUGAAUGUUCUCUUUAAUGCGGGGAGUGAUACUAAUUUGCAGACAGAUCUAACAAAACAGAAUGCCUCUAUUUGAGGACCAUGGGAGACUCUUAUAGGUCAGGGUCUCAUCGAUCUGGGCAACAUCUGAACUCAAACACCAACAACCCAGGGAGAGCCUUUGGACAUUUCGACAGCCAUACAAUUAUGAAACAUACUCAUUUAAUCCUGAAUAUUGAUGCUGAAUACUCUUGAUUAGUAAAGACCACUAAUACAAUUUCUACCGGGAAUAACACAUUCGAAAAAAGCUUAACUUUAUAGAAGGCGGGUUAAUCCCAGCACAUGUUAAAUGUGAUACAAUAAGGGAGACAAAGCAGAAGGGUUAGCCACUACACUAGUCUGUGUUAGUUCAAGAUCGGUGAGCGGUCGUGGUCACGGUCACGGUCGUGGUGGCGGCGGCGGCGGCGUCUCUUACCUGGACUCCCAGCCCCUCCCUGUGGCUCCAUCCAGCCCAGCGCCACCCAAAAAAACAGCCGGCAAGAAGGCGGCCAAAGCCAAGGCGCCGACAGUCAUCGAUGGCCUGGCCGCAGAGGAGAUGUCCAAGGAGCAGUUGGAGGAGCACAUUGUGCGUCUUCGAGAGGAGCUGGACAGAGAACGGGAAGAGAGAAACUACUUCCAGCUGGAGAAGGACAAGGUCCACAGCUUCUGGGAGAUUGGCAAAAGAGACCUGGAGGAGAGAAAGGCAGAACUCAGGAACAAGGAGAGGGAGAUAGAGGAAGCUGAGGAGCGGCAUCAAGUAGAGAUCAAGGUGUACAAGCAGAAGGUGAAGCACUUGCUGUACGAGCACCAGAACACCAUCUCCGAGCUGAAGGCAGAAGGCGUGGUGGCCACCAAAUUGAUGGAGGGCGAGCAUGGAGGCCUGGAGAGUGAGCUUCGCAAGGGUGUGCGUGCUCUCAAGGUGGAUCUCAAGGAGCAGGAGCUGGCCAACGAGAACGCCAUCAGAGACCUCAAACUGAAAAAUGACGAAGAACUGACUGGAAUUAGAAAAGAUUUUGAGCAGCAAGUCAGUGAAAUCGAGGCCCUGUAUGAGAAGAAGAUGCGAGUGCUGCGUCUGGAGCAAGACCGCUUGAGGAAGAGUGAUCUCCACGAAGUGGAAGCUCGCAAGAACGACCUCAUCGCCACGCUCAUGAAGAACCACGAGAAGGACUUCAGGGAGAUCAAGAACUUCUACAACGACAUCACACAGAACAACUUGGCUCUCAUCCAGACCCUGAAGGAACAAGUGGAAGAGAUGAAGAGGAAGGAGGAGAAGACGGAGAAGAGGAUGGCGGAGGUGAUGGCACAGAACCGGCGGAUGACAGAGCCCCUGCAGAGGACCAAAGAGGACGUGGCCGAGCUCCAGAAACAGCUGGCCCACUACGAGAAGGACAAAGCCUCUCUGGCGAGUGCCAAAGCGCGUCUGAAGGUGGGAGAACAGGAAGCGAAGGAUCUCAAAUGGGAGCAUGAGGUGCUGGAACAGAGGUUCACCAAGAUCCAGGCGGAGAGGGAUGAGCUGUACACAAAGUUCACCCAGGCCAUCCAGGAGGUGCAGCAGAAGAGCGGCUUUAAGAACCUGCUGCUGGAGCGGAAGCUGACCGCCCUGACGGACUGCCUGGAGAAGAAGGAGGCUCAGCUCAACGAAGUGCUCUCUGCCAGCAACAUGGACCCCAUGGCCCUGGGCGUGGUCACACGCAAACUCGAGGAAGUAUUAGACUCCAAGAAUAUCGCCAUCAAGGAUCUGCAGUACGAGUUGGCCCGAACGUGCAAGGCCCACAACGACCUGCUGAGGACCUACGAGGCCAAGCUGAGGGCCUUCGGGAUCCCUGUGGAGGAGCUGGGCUUUACCCCCCUGGAGAGCACCCUGGCCGGGCAGACUCUGGGGCAGGGGCCGGCCGGCCUGGUCUCCCAGACCAAAUGACCUCAAACUGUGUUGCUCUCUGAUCUGUGAUAGCUCAAUUUAUAUUUAUAAAGAUUUGUAUGUGUGCCUUUGUCCGAUUUUCUGUGGCAUAUGGAUGUAAUAUGAAUGAAAAAACGGAACAGAAAAAAAAAAAAAGAAAUGUGUUCAUAAUACCCAUGUAAUAAUUUUUGUUGUCAUACAUUUUAAUGUUUUUUUAUUUAAGAGAAAAGUCUAAAAAACAAUGCUUCAUGCAACAAAGAAAAUAAGACUAUAUAGAGUGGAAUAAAUUUAUAAAAUGCAGGGGAUUUUCAUAAGUAUUUUACAAACGUAUA